GGGAAAUGUCUGUUGGAAUUCCAGUAAAGCUUCUCAGUGAGGCACAGGGUCAUAUAAUUUCUUUAGAGUUAUCGACCGGUGAGAUAUAUCGAGGCAAAUUGCUCGAGAGUGAGGAUAAUAUGAAUGUUCAAUUGAAAAAUAUCACAGUGAUUGCAAGAGAUGGUAAAACGACUCAUUUGGAUCAAGUUUUUAUUCGAGGAUCGCAUGUAAGGUUCUUCCAGGUUCCUGAUAUGUUGAAAAAUGCUCCAAUGUUCAAUGCGAACCAGCCUAAACCUCCGGCUCCAAUUCGAGGUCCUAGAAAGAAGUAAAACAGUAGAGUGGGCAUAUUGUUAAGCUGGAUUUGAAUUUACAAUUGGAAUCGGCAAAUUUUGAAUUUAGAUUUGAAUUUAGAUUUGAAUUUUAGUUGGAAUUUUAGUUGGAAUUUAAGUUGGAACAUAAAUGGAAGUCGAAAUGAAUUAGUGUUUUACUUUUUGGCUGGAAAUUUUGGGGAGUGUUCUAUUAUUUUUAAUUUUUAUGUUUAUCAUAUGUUUAAUUCAUUUUAUUUGAUCUUGUAUUAUAUUGUACUAAAUUUUAAUUAAAUUUUAACUAAAUUUUUUUUGUGUGUAAAAAAAACAACCGAUUUUUAUAUUAAUAAUAAUAUUAUUAUAAAG